UGCGUGUCUCUGUGUGUGCACAGGUCAGAGAGCCAUGUGGCCUCGCCACCUGUGGGGGGCCCUGACCCCUGUGAGCCGUGCCCGCUGGCUCCCGAGGUCAUCUGCUCAGACGAGGAGGAUCAGGAGGACCCAGCGGAUUACUGCAAGGGCGGCUACCACCCGGUGUGUGUGGGCGAGGUGUACAGCGAGCGCUACCGCGUGGUGCGCAAGCUGGGCUGGGGACACUUCUCUACCGUGUGGCUCUGCUGGGACCUCGCGGCGAGUGAGAUGGUGGCCAUGAAGGUUGUGAAGAGCGCCCAGCACUACACGGAGACAGCGCUUGAUGAGAUCCGCCUCCUGCGCUGUGUGCGUGACGCUGACCCCACGGACGCCAGGAGGAGCCGCGUGGUCGCGCUCCGGGACGAGUUCCGGGUCACCGGGGUCAACGGCACACACGUGUGCGUGGUGAUGGAGCUGCUGGGCGCCCACCUGCUGCGCUGGAUCGCUCGCUCGCACUACCACGGCCUGCCGCUCGCCUGCGUGCGCGCCAUCACCACGCAGGUUCUGGAGGGGCUGGACUACCUUCACAGCCGCUGUGAUGUCAUCCACACCGACAUCAAACCCGAGAACAUCCUCCUGUGUGUGGGGAGCGAGGCCCCAUCACCCGCCACAGGGAAGACUCCGCCUGGAGCUCCGGCGAAAGCCGCCAAGCCCCGCAAGCGCCGCCUCCUCUUGAGGCGCGAGGACCGCGAGGCGGCCAUCUUGGAACGCCGCCGGGCCGAGGCCCUGUCCGAGAGGCUUCUCCUGACGGGCGCGGCCGGGCGCCUCCCGCGGAGCGACGCCGCCGACAACAACAACCGCGGCGGUGGCGACGCUGGGCAGCAACCGCACGGCCACGACCAGCACCACCGCAGCCACAGACAUCGCUACCACGACGUGGAGCCGGCGCGGGAGCAGCAGCCGGACGGCGAUCUCCAGCGCCAGCAUCGCGAGCGGCAGCAUCGUGAUCAGUGUGUGGAGCAGCAGCAGCAGCAGCAGCAGCACAAUCAUCAACAUCACGAUCAGCAGCAUCGUGAUCAGUGUGUGGAGCAGCAGCAGCAGCAGCUUCAUCUUCAUCAGCAGCAGCAUCCUCAACAUCAACAGCAGCAUCUCCAUCAUCUCCAGCAGCAGCAGCAUCUCCAUCAUCUCCAGCAGCAGCAGCAGCAGCAUCUCCAUCCACAGCAUCAGCCCCAUCAACACCACCACCACCAGCAGCAGCAACAACAUCAGCACGACCAUCGUCACCACCAUCACCACCAUGCGCCGGGCGGCUCGCUGGCUUCGCCGUCGUCGACCUCGUCGGCGACGCCGCGCGUCCUCCGCAGAACCCCGGCGGCGUCGUCGUCGUCGUCAUCGGCGGCGCCGCCGGUGACGCGCAGCCAGCCGGCGUGGCCCCCGGGGAUGUCCAACUGGCGGAGUCACGUGACCCUGCUGCCGCCCCCGCCACCACAGCCGCAGGCGGACCCCUCUUCGCGCCUCUCCCGCCCGCGCCGGCCUCUGAUUGGCCGCCUCUUCUCCUCCCAGCAUUCCCUGGCGGCCGAAGGCGGCCGCGGCGGCUGCGGCGAUGAUCGCCCCCUGAAGUCCUCCCCCUCCGCCUGCUCCCUCUGCGUGGGGGGCCACGGGGGGCUGGCGGGGCGUGGAGGGGGGGCGAGGGGGGGGGGCGCCCCCAUGCCCUGGGGCCCCCCCCGCAGCCUCUCCAUGCCGCACCUGGGCGACAGCGCCGACCUGGAGCAGCUGUUCUCCUCCAGCGAGCACGGAGGGUGCUCUCCUCCGUGUGCGGCGCCCGCCCUGGAGCGGAACGCGGAGUGCGACGUCCCGGGCACCUGCUCGGCCUGUGACUCCGGGUUCGGAUCCGGCCAGGGAUUGGAUCCGGGUGCCGGUGGCGCUCUGCUCCGCUCCGGGUCUCCGCUCUCUCCGGGCGGCUUGCCGCCGCCGCGUAGUCCGCUCCGUGGGAACGAGGCCACCUCGCAGUUUGUGGGCAGCCGAGUUGGGGUCGCCGGGGGUGACCCCUCCAUCGGAGCCCGCCCGGUGCUGAACCUGCUGGAGGCGUCUCACGCUCGCCAUGUGCGCGUCAAGAUCGCCGACCUGGGCAACGCGUGCUGGACGGUGAGGAGGGCCCCCCCCCCCCCCCCCCACGCCUCUCGCCCUGCCCAGCCGCGGGCAAGUCGCGUGGUGGGUGUCGGGGCCUAG